UGGUGUGUUAUGUAUGUAAUGUCGGCAAUGUGGAGUUGGACGUCGUCGGUGGUCGGUGCUUCAUGCAACAUUAUACAAAAAAAAAUUCUGGCAGAAAAGUUGCAGCUAUAAAAAAUUAGUUGAUAUUAAAUAAAAUUGAUAAUUAUGACUAUCGUGAAUCUUUUAACUCGUAAUAUUAAUUUAACUCAAUUGUCAAAGCUGCAUCCACGCAUCUAUAAACAAAAUGCAAGGUUUUUGGCGUCACAUGCUAAAUUUGCUGAGCAUAAACCAUUGGAAAAGCUCAGGAAUAUUGGUAUAUCAGCUCACAUUGAUUCUGGUAAAACUACCUUGACCGAACGUAUUUUGUAUUAUACCGGUAGAAUAUCCGAAAUGCAUGAAGUAAAAGGAAAAGAUAAUGUAGGUGCAACUAUGGAUAGCAUGGAAUUGGAAAGGCAGAGAGGAAUCACUAUUCAAUCUGCCGCAACGUAUACAUUAUGGAAAGAUCAUAACAUUAAUAUCAUCGACACACCUGGACAUGUAGAUUUUACAGUGGAAGUUGAAAGAGCUUUACGUGUUUUGGAUGGUGCUAUACUUGUCCUCUGUGCUGUGGGUGGUGUUCAAUCACAGACUUUGACUGUAAAUCGACAGAUGAAAAGAUACAAUGUACCUUGCUUAGCAUUUAUCAAUAAGCUAGAUAGAAUGGGCGCAAAUCCAAAGAAAGUCUUACAACAAAUGAGAACCAAACUACAUCAUAAUGCUGCAUUUGUACAAUUACCUAUUGGUCUGGAAAGCAACACAAAAGGAAUAGUUGAUUUAAUUUCUCAAAAAGCAAUUUACUUUGAAGGAAAUUUCGGAGAAAUUGUCAGAGAGGAUGAAAUUCCAAAGGAUAUGAAUGCAGAGGUAAAUGAAAAAAGGCAAGAAUUAAUUGAGCACUUGAGCAAUGUGGAUGAGACACUUGGUGAAUUAUAUCUAAAUGAUACAAAAAUAGCUGAAAAAGAUAUUAUGAAUGCUAUACGUAGGAGCUGUUUGAAAAGAAAAUUUACACCUGUACUAGUUGGCACUGCAUUAAAGAAUAAAGGUGUUCAACCAUUAUUAGAUGCAGUAAUUAACUAUUUACCAAAUCCAGGAGAAGUAGAGAAUUAUGCUCUUCAAGAGAAAUCUGAUGGAGAACAUACUAAAAUUUUAUUAAAUUCUGAUCGUAAUGAUAAAAAUCCUUUUGUUGGAUUGGCCUUCAAAUUGGAGGCUGGCAGAUUUGGUCAAUUAACAUAUUUCCGUUGUUAUCAAGGAAUGUUGAGAAAAUCUGAUAUUUUAUACAAUACAAGAACAAGAAAGAGGGUACGAACUCAAAGAUUAGUUCGGCUUCAUUCAAAUCAAAUGGAAGAUGUGACAGAAGUUUAUGCAGGAGAUAUUUUUGCUUUAUUUGGAAUAGAUUGUGCAUCUGGUGAUACUUUUGUUAAAGAUUCUAAGCUGGAAUUAUCAAUGGAAUCAAUUUAUGUUCCUGAUCCCGUGGUAUCUAUGUCUAUACAAACAAAGAAUUCAAAAGAUCGAGAUAAUUUUGCUAAGGGUAUUGGACGAUUUACUAAAGAAGAUCCAACUUUGCGCUUUACUUAUGAUACCGAUAACAAGGAAAGUAUAAUUUCUGGUAUGGGCGAAUUGCAUUUAGAAAUUUAUGCACAAAGAUUAGAACGUGAAUAUAAUUGCCCAAUCAUUCUUGGAAAACCAAAGGUUUCUUUCCGUGAAACUUUAUGUGAACCAUGUGAAUUUGAUUAUCUUCAUAAGAAACAGUCUGGUGGCGCUGGUCAAUUUGCUCGUGUAAUUGGAAUUAUGGAACCUUUACCACCUCAGAAAAAUACAAAUAUCGAAUUUUUUGACGAAACUAUAGGGACGAAUGUUCCAAAACAAUAUAUUCCGGGUGUCGAAAAAGGUUUCAAAGCUAUGUGUGAGAAAGGUAUGCUCAGUGGACACAGAAUCGCCGGUGUUAAAUUCAGGAUAUUAGAUGGUAUGCAUCACUGCGUCGAUUCUUCGGAGUUCGCUUUCUUCCAAGCUGCUCAAGGUGCUGUCAGAGAUGUGUUUGAAAACGGUAGCUGGCGAAUUUUGGAGCCAAUUAUGCUGGUCGAAGUAACGGGUCCUGAGGAAUUUCAGGGUGCAGUAUUAGGACAAAUCAAUAAAAGAAGAGGAAUUAUAAAUUCAACAGAAGUAAAUGAAGGAUGGUUCACAGUUGUGGCAGAAGUGCCACUUAAUGAAAUGUUUGGUUACGCUGGUGAACUAAGAUCCACUACACAAGGUAAAGGAGAAUUUACUAUGGAAUAUGUAAGAUAUAGCCCUUGCACACCAGAGGUACAAGAACAACUAAUUAGACAAUAUCAAGAAUCACAAGGAAUCAUAGUAGCUCAGAAAUCGAAAAAUUGACUGUAGAGUAUUAGGUAUAUAUUCAUUUUUUUUAGUAAAAGAUUGCACAAUAUUAUCAUGAAUGCUAUAAAUGUAUCAUGGUAAUAUUUAUGCUUUAUUAUACCUACAACAACUAUUUACUUAAUGUAAAUUGUUAAGUUAAAAAUUUAAUAACAGUAAAUUAUUAUAUAAUAAUAAUUGAUGAAUGCGAUUUGUAUAAUUGACAAUGAUGGCAGAAUGAAUGUAUUGAGUGGAUUGAUUUUUAUGUCGAAAAUGUGUGAUAUACAAAAUACAAAAUAAAUAAAUAGAAAAUAAUUUCUAUCUACAGAGAAACAUACAAUGAAAU